UUUUUUUCAUUUGCCCAUUCAGAAGAUGAGUACAUCUCUCCCACGCUGAGUUCGUCGAUCAAGCCCGUCUUCAGCUGGCAGCUGUUCAACGCCUCCGACAGUCGAAUGGGCUAUUUGCAGGCAAUUAUGGGAUCAAGCAAUUUCUAUCCGUGCGCCAACAGUUGGUGGGUCGGCAACGCUGUGGUCGCGUGUCGCACGCUGGGCUUUGAGUGA